AUGAGGACAGGUCAAGUAACAUUGAUCAUGAACAUUCUCCAUCUAUUGUUUAUUCAAUCUACCGAAAGUUAUGCUGUUUUAGAAGGUAAACAAAUUGUGAAGAAAGUUUAUUCAAAACGCCAACCAAUAGUACUAACAGCUGCAGCUGGUUUUAUGUCACAUACAGACAGUAUUGACACAAUGAAUAAUAGUAAUGUUAAUCGUAGUAUAUUUAAUAAUGGGAAUGGUUUCUCUACUAUUCAUCAUGUUCCGAAAACUCAAGUGGUGAAUACAUCCCACCAAAUUUUAUUACUGGAGCACAUUUAG